CGUCAUUACUGCUUGCAUUCAUACGCCCGUGCAGCAAAGGUCUAUCCAUUUAAGUAGAUUCUCACUGUAGCCCUUGCACAGGAACUGUUUUAGAUUUUAGAUUUCUAUCACCUAUUAUUUUUUCUUGUAUUUACUUACUAACUGCUUUCCACAUGAAGAAUAUAUUAAGGAUGUUUCUUCGAAGUAUCAUAAACAAGUCAAAAGAGAAACCUUGGCUACCAGAAAAGAUUGGACUGAAGUCUGAAAGUAAGAAAAUGGACAAAAUAAUUAAAAAGAAGAUGAUAUUAACUGUGUUCCUGAGCAACAAUGAACAGAUUUUGACAGAAGUUCCAAUUACACCAGAAACGACCUGUCGAGAUGUUGUGGAGUUCUGCAAAGAACCUGGAGAAGGAAGUUGCCACUUGGCUGAAGUGUGGCGGGGAAAUGAACGCCCCAUACCCUUUGAUCAUAUGAUGUAUGACCAUCUACAGAAAUGGGGACCUAGAAGAGAAGAGGUGAAAUUUUUCCUUCGGCAUGAGGAAUCUCCAACUGAAAGCAAUGAACAAGGUGGACGUCAGACCCAAAAUCAAAGAAAUGGAAUAAAUAUACCUGUGGAGAAACGUACAGAAAAUGGGGUUGGGAAUCCACACGUUGAGCUCACAUUUUCAGAGCUUCAAGAUAUGGCUGCCAGACAACAACAACAAAUUGAAAAUCAGCAGCAAAUGUUGGUUGCUAAGGAACAACGCUUACGUUAUCUGAAGCAGCAAGAACGUCGUCAGCAGCAGUCCAUUUCUGAGAGUGAAAAGCUUCAAAAACUUAAGGAACGAGUGGAGACCCAGGAGACAAAGCUGAAAAAAAUCCGUGCCAUGAGAGGGCAAGUGGACUAUAGCAAGAUCAUGAACGGCAACCUGUCUACUGAAAUUGAGCACAUCAGUGCAAUGUUCCAGGAAAAGCAGCAGGAGCUACAAGCUGCAGUGUUAAAAGUGGAUCAACUCACUCAGCAACUGGAAGACUUGCGGAAAGGGAAAUUGAAUGGCUUCCAGUCUUACAAUGGACAGAUGACAGGGCCUGCAGCUGUAGAACUAAAAAAGUUGUAUCAGGAGCUGCAGAUCCGUAACAGGCUUAAUCAAGAACAGAACUCGAAGCUGCAGCAGCAGAAGGAACUUUUAAACAAACGCAACAUGGAGGUGGCUAUGAUGGACAAGCGAAUCAAUGAGCUGCGUGAGCGCCUGUACAAGAAAAAAGUUGAGGCACGUCAAAAAGAAAACAUCCCUUUAAAUCGUAUUAACGGAACCUCAUCGCCACAGUCAUCCUUGAGUGCUUCAGGAAGAGUAGCAGCAGUGGGACCUUACAUCCAGGUUCCCAGUGCAGGCAGUUAUGCUGUACCAGUGGACCCAGUGAAACCACAGUCUCUCACCAUUGCUUCCAGUUCAACCCAUGGAAGAUCAAAAUCUGAGACUGACUAUGGGUGUGUGAAAAAAUCUCCAGGCACCUGGAAGAUUUCUGAUUUAGACAUAAUAGUGGAUCCUAUUCUGUCAGCUUCCACUUCUUCUCUUCAGUCUGCUGUUCACAGUGUCAUCUGCCUGGCAUCUACUCUUUCUGACACCCAGCACUAUGGUGGAAAAAUAAGCAAGGUGCAUGGCUCCUGGACAGAGUCAGAUCUUGAUGCUGGGCCUGACUACAGCUCUUCCGGGCAAUCUACAAACUGUGAAAAACAAUUUCUAGACUCUACUGAAGGAAACUGGCCAACACUUAAGCAAAGCUCAGCCCCUGUCGUAAAACCCUCCCAGCUCUCCAACGCAGACUGGAAAGAAUCAAGCAUGGAUACAGCUUUAAAACAAGGAACUAUAUCCAGUCAGCCUUUGCCAUCUUCUUUAUUAGGAAGUACUGAUAAGCUGGGCCUUGAUAUGGGGAGGGUGCCACCAACCAUUCCUGGUGUGAGCAAGCAGUUGCCUCAAAACUAUGGGACCUAUCCAAGCCCUAUUCCUUUAGGAACAAGUUCUACAAAUUCUCUGGAGAGGCGGAAGGAUGGCAGCCUGCCAAGACCUGGUUCCAGUAUAAUAAGUCGGCAAAGAUCUGUUCCAUUACCACCAUCAAGCAACAUACAUCAACCCAGUUCCUCACAACAGAUCCAACAGAGAAUUUCCGUACCUCCUAGCCCUACAUAUCAACCUUCUGGCCCCCCGUUAUUUCCUGGAGGAGAUGGAAGGCCUGACCUUCCUUUAACUGUGGCUAUCAGACCUUUCCUAGCUGAUAAAGGAUCAAGGCCUCAGUCCCCCAGAAAAGGACCACAAACAGUAAACUCAAGUUCCAUCUACUCAAUGUAUCUUCAACAAGCAACCCCACCCAAAAACUAUCAACAAGCUGUAUACAACACCCUAAAUAAGUCAGUAAAAGCAGUUUAUGGAAAACCUGUUCUACAAUCUGGCUCAACUUCUCCAUCACCUUUACCAUUCCUUCAUGGUUCUUUGCCUGCACACCCUUCUUCACAGCCACAGUCUCAGCCUCAGGCUGAGCUCGCUGAAAAAGAUCAAGAGCUAGAAAAUAUUCCUCCCUCUGGUGAAAAUAGCAAUGUAGAGAACAUUCCUCGACCUCUCAGUCCUACCAAACUUACACCUAUUGUCCAUUCACCCCUCCGAUAUCAAAGCGAUGCUGAUCUUGAAGCUCUUAGAAGAAAAUUAGCCAAUGCUCCCAGGCCAUUAAAGAAGCGUAGUUCUAUCACUGAACCUGAAGGACCCAGUGGGCCAAAUAUACAGAAGUUAUUGUAUCAGCGUUUUAAUACGCUUGCUGGAGGAAUAGAAAGUGCUCCAUUUUAUCAGCCAAGCAAUGCACAGGACUUCAUAGGCAUCUUAGCAGAUGUUGAUAAUGGAAACACUAGUACCAAUGGCAAUAUUGAAGAACCUAUUUCUGUGCAACCUACAGUUCCUCUUCCUGAUGAACCUCCUCCUUCAUCAGAUGCCAAUGAUAAUGAAUUACCUUCUCCUGCCACUGAAGAAUUGAUCAGUAUUGAAACCACUAACCAAACCUCUGAGACAACUGAAGAUAGUAAUAAUAAUCCUGCUAUACUCCCUUCCACUGAGCAGCCACCUAGCCCUGUACCUGAGGUUAGUUCCCCAGUAGAAGAUGAAGUUCCUGUGCCACCAGCUGUUCCUCCUCCUCUUCCUCCAACCAAACGUACCAACCUGAAGAAACCUAAUUCUGAGAGGACAGGACAUGGUUUGAGAGUGAAGUUCAAUCCUUUGGCCCUCUUGCUUGAUGCUUCUUUGGAGGGAGAAUUUGACCUGGUACAAAGGAUCAUAUAUGAGGUUGAUGAUCCCAGCAAACCCAAUGAUGAAGGAAUUACCCCUUUGCAUAAUGCAGUAUGUGCUGGCCAUCACCACAUUGUAAAGUUCCUGCUUGAUUUUGGUGUAAAUGUGAAUGCAGCAGACAGCGAUGGAUGGACACCUUUGCAUUGCGCAGCUUCUUGCAAUAGUGUUCACCUCUGUAAACUACUGGUGGAAUCUGGGGCAGCAAUUUUUGCUUCAACUAUAAGUGAUAUAGAAACUGCUGCAGACAAGUGUGAAGAGAUGGAGGAGGGUUAUAUUCAGUGUUCCCAGUUCUUGUACGGUGUACAAGAGAAAUUGGGAGUCAUGAAUAAAGGAGUAGUAUAUGCACUCUGGGAUUAUGAAGCCCAGAAUAAUGAUGAGUUGUCAUUCCACGAGGGUGAUGCCAUUACUAUUCUGAGACGCAAGGAUGACAAUGAAACGGAAUGGUGGUGGGCUCGCCUCAAUGAUAAAGAAGGCUACGUGCCUAAAAAUCUUCUGGGGUUAUACCCACGAAUAAAGCCUAGGCAGCGAACCCUGGCUUGAACUCAGUCAUAUGGCAGUCCGAUACAUCUUUCUGGUAACUGGAAACUUAAAACAUACACUGGAACCAUUCUUUUAAAUCGUAUUUCACCUGGAGAAAUAAAGCUAUAAUCUUUGUUUUUAAUGGUGCUUUCUCUUGUUAGUGGACAGCAUUCAAGGUUUUAAAAUCUGUUGUUUGUAAAUAAUUAUUCCAUGUGAUCCACUACUAACAAGGAGAGCGACCUACACAACCUACAGUAUUUUGCCAACUGCAGUCUAAAAACCAAAACCACAAGUCCUAGCUAUUGAAGGUUCUGUGGUUGGAACUUUCUGUCGAAGUGUUCAGAAGUGUCAUUUGCAAAAUGCAGAUGUGCUGUUCUCUGUUCCAAUCCCACAGCAACUGUCCCAUGUCAAGAUUUUAGAUAUUGUUUUUGUCUGACACCAGUGAAAGUUGAGUUUACUCAUUACUGAUUUAACUCCUUGAGUGCCAGGAUGGAAAAUAAGCUAAGUGAAUAGUCACCAAAGCUUUAUGGAGACUAGGAUUUAAAUAUAGGAGUCUGCUUAUAUAACACUUACAUUCUAAUUUAGACAUCCCAAAACUAAACUUCAGAUAUCGUAGCAUCAAGAUAUUGUUUGCAUUUAGUGACAAGCUAGGAGGAAGAUCAGCGGUAUUUGUACACCUUCUUGGAACCCCUACAGUAGUUCACUUAGUAUUUAUUUUCUUGAUUUUCAUCUCAUAGCACCAAUUUACCUCUACUAAUUAAAACAUUUCCCCUACUAACCACACGAAUUUGUCUAUUCUGGACAAAAAAAAAAAAAAAAGAACUAAACUUGCAGUUAAAGGGAUUUGUAUGUCUGCAUGGAUGAAAGUGCAAUAGUUGAGAAGGGUAAGAGUCUGAUUUAACUUGAAGUCUGCCUUAGUUAUGGUAGGAAGACUUUGAAGGACCGAAUAGAAGUGGAGAGAGUUGAUUGUGUUUAGGUAUAAGGUCAAGGAGAGAAAAAGUAACCAAGUUCACAGUAGGAUUUGAAAAGUGAUAAUAGUCUGUAUCGAUGAGGACAGUUCCUGUGGUUCUUGGCAGCCCCACACCUAAAGCCAGGGUGAGUUAUGCAAUAACCUACGUCACAAUAUUGUAGUUUCAAGCAAACAGCACUUCACUGGAGUUUUAAAUGUACAUGGGUUUUAUAUACCAAAAGUAUAUUUUGGAUUUCCCAUAAUAAGCUGUAGCCAUGUUUCUUGCAAUUUUUUCUCCCAUUAAGCUGUAGGCCACUUUGCUUUAAAUCUUCAUGUACGUCUUGUGUAUAAUUUAUAUAUCCAUUUAUGCAGUGCUGUAACAUGCUUCUACCACAGGUUAGCAUAAAUUGUAUAUAUUGUGGUGAUGAAAAGUGAAAGGGUAUUAUUGUUAAAGAAUUUGCUACAUGAAUGUGACAAUUUCAAGACCUAUGAUGCACUAAAUUUGGAAGAACAUGUAAAAUGUGCACAAUAAAGUACUGCUAAGGCAUGGCUGCA